UCAAUUCCAUGUGACAAGAGGCAUUAUCGCGUCAUGAUACUGCGCACAGCAGUCCAGAUCCUGUGGAGUGAGAGAGGCAUGGCAGGAAAUACCUUUUCCCACGCGCGCACAUUGUCUUGAAAUAUGUGGCACGGCUCCUUUAAGAGAGCAAGUCGUUGUCUUGACGAGACGAGAGAAAGAGAGAGAGAGGUGAGCAGGAGAGAACAGUAGUGAGGAUCCGACAAGGGAACCUUCCGUUCCUGGUGGUGUAACGCGGAAAAGGUGUCAAGUUUUAAGGCCAAGUUGUGGAUAGACUAUUGUGAUUGUCUUAGCAACUUUCAGGCCUACCACGGAAAGUCCAGAAACUUUGAGAGAGUGUCAAGAGAUCCCUCAUUUGGCGAUGCGUAACGUCUCGACUCUCCUGCCUUCCUGACGUACUGACUGACGGAUAGACUUAUCUAUCGGCAGCUAGUCUGUAGUUGUUACUCCCCCGUCUGUGGGUUCCCGAACAUAACAUUUGUGUGGAAUUAACCCUGAAGACAUGACGUGGGGCACGGAUCUGUGGGACCAGUAUGAUAACAUCGACAAGCACACACAGUCAGGCCUGGACCUGAUGGAACGCUACAUCAAGUUUGUCAAAGAGAGGACAGAGAUAGAGCAAAGCUAUGCUAAACAACUCAGGUCAUUGACGAAGAAGUACUCGAGAAGAGGCAGCAAGGAAGAAGCUGAACUCAAGUACACCAAUCACCAGGCGUUUCAGGACAUCCUGACGGAGCUGAACGACUAUGCGGGCCAGAGGGAGGUGGUCGCGGAGACCAUGACGGUGAACAUAUGUGCAGAGCUGACGAAAAUACUACACGAACUGAAACAGGAGAGGAAGAGUUACCUGGCUGAUGCCAAGAAAGCCCAACAGAAUCUGGAGAGCACCUUUAAACAGCUGGAGAGUAGUAAAAAGCGCUUUGAGAAGGAGUGGAAGGAGGCGGAGAAGGCCAAUCAGCAGGCAGAGAAGGCCGAGCACGACAGCAGCAGCACCAAGGCAGACGUGGACAAGGCAAAGCAGCAAGCGCACAUGCGUACACACAUGGCGGACGAGUGCAAGAACGACUACGCAGCUCAGCUGCAGAAAUACAACAAGGAGCAGAACCAGUUUUACUACAGCGAAAUACCCGGCAUAUUCAACAAUCUUCAAGAUCUGGAUGAGAGGCGUAUCAGGAAGCAGGCUGAAGGUUAUGGUCUAUUUGCAGACACAGAAAAACAGGUCAUGCCCAUCAUCACUAAGUGUCUGGAUGGCAUCAACAUGGCAAGCAGCAAGACCAAUGAGAAACAGGACUCGCAGGUGUUUAUUGAGCAGCACAAGACGGGCAUAGUGCCCCCUGCUGACGUGGAGUUUGAGGACUACAGCCAGGGCAUCAAGGCAGCCUCCUCAGAAAACACUCUCAACACGCCCAAGGUCCGCAUCAAGGACUUCUUCAACAAGAGGAAACACAAGGUCCCGCCGGCUGAGGACUUCUCCCACCUGCCUCCUGAGCAGCGUAAGAAGCGACUUCAGCAGAAGGUCGACGACAUCGCCAAAGAACUACAGAAAGAGAUGGACCAAAGUGAUGCUCUUGAGAAGAUGCGAGGUGUGUAUGAGCAGAAUGCGGCGCUGGGUGACCCCUCGAGUCUGGAGCCCCAGAUACAGCAGACGGCCCAGAGCGUGGGCAGGCUGAAGGGAGAGCUGGCCAAAUACGAGACAUGGCUGGGAGAAGCUGGAGGUGCGCUGGAGCACAUCAGUGCCCAACUGAACAACAACCUCAACAGUUCAUCCGGUGGUAUAGUGCUAGCAGGCCCCACUCUAUCAACAGACCAGGCUGUGUAUGAGGAUGGCUUCUAUGAGGACUUUGACGAUGACGAACCCGAGGUGCCUCUAGGACAAUGCUUUGCCCUCUACAGCUUCGAUGGUUCCAGUGAGGGCACGAUCUGCGUUAAGGAGGGAGAGCAACUCAGCGUGAUGGAGGCCGACCAGGGAGAUGGUUGGAUGAGAGUGCGAAGGGUUAACGGAGACGAGGGAUAUGUACCCACAUCCUACAUCAAGAUCAACUGAGAGAGAGAGAGAGAGAGAGAGAGAGAGAGAGAGAGAGAGAGAGAGAGAGAGAGCAGCGUGCACAGAGAUUUAACAAAGAUCAACUGUGUGUGCAUGAGAGACAAGGGCUGUGUCCCGUUCCAUGAAAAUCAUGGUUUUAUUUUUUUUAAACAUUUUUCAAUGAAAUAUCCUACAUCAUAACUUGUACCAGUUUUAUAGCCAGGCCACGCCGUCCGAGUGACGCAACAUCUUCGGCGUUUCAACUAGUCAGGUCAAGAGCAAUUCAAGCUACUUUCUGAGUUCCCAGUCAACCAUACCGUUUGGGAAAUGUUAAUUGAUAUGCUCUUGGUCAGACCAAGUCUCAAAGAGAUUUGUACGUCGAUGAUAAUCAGGCUACCAGUUUUAGACAAGCAAAAUGUCACUUCAGUUUGUGAUAAACUGUCUUAACAACACUCCUCAACCUCUUCUUACACACGGGCCAGAUGGGAACGCAAUGAGUUGUUUUUUUUAAACCGAGUAUGAAACCCAUAUUGCAUAUUGCAUAUUGCUACCAUAGGCUACAGCAGUGUUUCUGUGAAAAUAUAAGGUCUCAUGGCAAUGUCAGGCUUGCUGAAAACAAUAACGAACACAUUCAGAAUACACAUUUCUGAAUGUGUAGUUGUUGAGAACAAAGUAUUCACUAAUGGCCGUGGGAUUCUCUUAUCAUGCUUAUCAUGCUUGUAGGCUACAUUUAAGAUUCAGAACUAGGUUAUUUGUAGACCUAUCCAAUUAAAUUUCCUGACUAUCUGAUUUAUUACCCCAGCUUUCCCCUCCUGUCGUUUGGUGUAUGAGCUGAAAGCAGCAAGUCAAUGCGUUACGCUCUGAACAACCACAGAAUAUUUUGCCAUUGCCAUGCCAUUGCGCACGUAUCAAAUGAAUGUUGUGCGCAAAACCAGUAUUCUAGCUCACUCAUGGAUGAUAUGGUAAUGGUUUUGGCCAUGUGUCUGUGACGCAGAUGUAAACAAAUCUGUUUUGGCUGUAACAAUGGAAACGCGAACAACAGCGUUCCAAAAUCUUCCCUCUCUGGAACCCAUUCUGCAAAAUUAUCGUUUAAGGCUACCCAGAACACCAGUGACGUAUAGCCAGGACGGGCGAACGAUAAGCAAAAUGGGCAGUUAGAGAGAAAAACAUUACCGUGUAAUCGGGACCUUAGUCCAGUGCCAGGCGCAAAACUCAAGGCCUUGUCUGAAAAUGGAAUGCUGCAAUUAAUUAAGCUAAUUCAACUCAAUUAAAUUGUCCCCCUUAAAAUAACAAUAACAAUUAAAUGUCCUUGCAAGUUAGUGAAUGUAAUAUGAAUACAAAGAAAUAAAAAUUGUAAUUAUAAUAAAAAAUCAAAAUGUUACUCUCUGCACCUUAACAUUGCAUUUUAUUAACACUGGCUUAUAAACACACCAUCCUUUUACACUUCCAACUAAAAGAAAACAAAAAGGUUUUAUAUUCAAGCCUUCAUCUCAAUUUUUAAGUUUUAGUUUUUUAAGUGUAAUCAGCUGUGAAACAAAAAUACAUCCUGUAGUCUACACUUGAACAUGCACAAAUAUUUGAGAAGUGAUUUCAAUUGUUUAAAUAUGUGGUACACAUAGCCUAUGUAAAUGAAUGAAUAUAUCUUUGCUUUCCAACAUGUCAUUUGAAUUGAAAUGUGACAAAUAAAACAUCACUAGGAAUUGGCUGCUGCCACAUUGAUAUGAUAAAAUAAAAAACAACGAAAAGCAAGCAAAAAACUUCUAUUGCAUCUGAUUAGGUCUGAAGAGUUGUCCGCUGUUGGCAUUGUAUUCUCUAUGCCUACAACUAGGGAGAUGAUCUAAAUUAUAUACCUCAUAUUUUGUCCGGUGAGACUGCCAUUAGCGAAUCAUCUAAACAAACAUAGUAGUAUUGCCCUUCCCUGGUCCCUUUUCACCAAACCUCUGUUCUCUUAAGGCAUUUUUCCACAGAGACCCUGGCCGUGUCAUGCUGUGUCGUGUCGAGUGUGAACUCAGCCUGGUUUGUGUUAAGGGCGAGCUGACGAGCAGCAUUCUGCGCAGUAGACAGUGACUGCACCCACUCAGCUCGGUUCAGCCAGCCGAAAAAAGGAGGGCUGGAGGGUUUCGGAGCUUGCCGUACUUGCUAAUCAAGACACAAUAAAUGGCGUCCGAGGCAUGCCAUAUCAAUCUGUACCGGGUAGAAAACAGGCAGUGGAAAAGGGCCUUUUGAUCUCUUUGUUAGCUUAUUUGAAGAUGCACAGGCUUCGGUAAUGAUGAGUUAUCUAUUCAUGCAUUGAUGAAUACACGUUUUUUUCCCCAGGAAUAAUUUGAUCGAAUGUUUUUGAAUGUUUUCAUUCCCAACGGUUUAUAUCUUAAAACUCCAUCUCAGAAGUCAUGUUUUUCAUCUCUAGUAAAUCCUGAAAUAUAAGAAUCAUGUAUGUUUUUCUUUAUUCCGAAAAUGGACCACUAGUUGCUAUACAGUAUGUGUGAAUUACAUAAUGUUAUAGUAUUUAUAAAAACAAAUAUUAAGUAACUGUAAUAUAUAUCUUCUUAGGCAUUUCCUGAUAUGAAACUUUAUCUUUCCUAUAUGAUUGCUUGUAUUACAAUCUGAAUGUCUUCCAAAAAAUAGUCUUUCCUACAAAUGUAAUUCUAAUAAAAUGUAAUUUCUGGGUUUCUUUGGUUUAAUCUAUUGGUAUUACAGUCUGUUUUCAAUCUACAAAAGUAUAAUUUGACUGUUGAUUUGAUUACUUUAUUACCAAUAUAUUUCUGAACUCCUAUUUGUUUGUGCAUUUUUACCGGGGUAUAAUGUACAUACGUAUACGUGCCUUUGUACGUUUUUCCCAAUUUCUUUGUGCAUAGACGAGCCCCAUUGUAUGUCUAUGGGACCUGUGUUUGUCUUCCUCUAUGGUGUAUUUGUUGUUGUGCAAAUGGUCUAUUGAGCCAGAGAGGGAGUGUCGCCCCCUGUAGGUCUGUUGUGUCACUGUGCCUUAGCAACACUACUACUGUGCUGUAUAUAGCCAGCCUACAGCCAAAGUGUCAACGUGUAAGCUGCCAUCUCCUAUUGUUUAUGUGAAAAAUAAAACUCCUAAAAUGUCUGAAA